CUCUCUCUCUCUCUCUUUCUUCAACCAUGUUCAGCUCAUAUCAAGAUCAGUCCAACUCAUUAUCAAAAAGAGCAUUCGCAGUUGAAAAAGAAAAAGCACAACUUGUCAAUGGUAUACCGGUUUCUGGAGAAGAUUACUUACUACUUGUUAGACAACAGGCUGAAGCAUGUGUUCAAACAGUCGUUGCUCCACCUCCUUCAGAGAUCGUUCAACUAGAUCUUCCCUUUGAAUAUCAAUUCACCAAGGAUACCCCGAUCAUUAACAAAGAUCUGAUACCUGAUCCCGCCUGGCAAUCUCUAUUUGCAUCCUGUUUUGAACAAUUCAGAAAGGGAAAACAAGAUACCAAGCACAUAUCAACACAACUUUCUCAUCAACAAGGAGAAGAUCAUAUAGCUCAAGUCAGUGAUAUAGUAACAGAACCCGAUCUAUUACCUGUCAUUGCUCCAUUAUCUCAGAGAGAAAUAUUCAAGUUAUUAAAACAGAAAUCAAAAUUAUUACAAUCUACUUUACAUACUGAUGAAUCUUGGAAAACUCAUGCAAAUUGGAUAUUCUCCUUAUUGGUGUAUGUUGAUCCAGUGCUUACAUCCAUGGAUAUAUCAAUAUUACGAGAUAUCUGUCGAACAUGUAUUGAUAUACGCAACAAAUGUCAAGAAAAUGAAACUGAUCAAGUCAUACAACUCAACAUUAUCAUCACCAUCAUUUCCAAAGUAUUCAAACAAUCUGAUUUAUUAUAGUUUUAUUUUUAUUUUUUAUCAUCCCUUCCUUUAUCUUUUUACUUGAUGCUUAUCUCCUCCCAUUUCUUCCCAGACUUUUUUUUUUCGUCAAAGGAAUCAAAUAAAAACCAUGUAUACCACUU